AUUUCCAACGCCCAUCUUCAUAUCCAUCCAUCCAUCCAUCCAUCCAUCCUUGUUUGACUGAUUGCAAAGAGCGAAGAUGAGCCGAGGAAAUGCAGCCGCCGGCGGUGGACCAAAGGGGAAGAAGAAAGGUGUAACCUUCACCAUUGACUGUUCUAAGCCGGUGGAGGAUAAGAUUAUGGAGAUUGCUUCUCUCGAGAAGUUUCUCCAAGAACGCAUCAAGGUCGGUGGUAAGGCCGGUGCUCUCGGCGACACUGUUUCGAUCUCUCGUGAGAAAAACAAGAUCACUGUCACCUCAGAUGCUAACUUCUCCAAGAGGUACUUGAAGUACUUGACAAAGAAAUAUUUGAAGAAGAACAAUGUUCGGGAUUGGCUUCGUGUCAUUGCAUCCAACAAAGACCGCAAUGUGUACGAGCUUCGCUACUUCAACAUUGCUGAAAACGAGGGUGAAGAGGAAGAGUAGAAUGAAUAGUUCUUCAUUUUGCGGGAAAGAACCCAUAUUCCAUUUCUUUAAUUUAUUGCUUUUGCAAUUUCAAAGACUUAGAUUUUUGUUAUGGUUGUCUUCAUUUCUCAUAAUUUUUAUUGCAAUAAUUAAUCUCUCU